AGCUUCCUGGGCGCCACCUUCGCAGCGGCGGCGGCGGCAGCAGUGGCGGCGGGUACCUCUUGCCUCUGCCCAGAUGAACAUUUGAAAGUUCCCCUCAUCCAACACCAGCAAGCAUGGAGGCUUCAUCAAUGCUUUCAUCACUAAAUGAUGAGUGCCGAUCUGACAACUACGUCGAGCCGCACUACAAGGAGUGGUAUCGCGUGGCAGUUGAUACUCUAAUUGAACAUGGGUUAGAAGCCUACCAAGAGUUCCUCAUCAAGGAGCGAGUUUCAGACUUUCUGGCAGAGGAAGAGAUUAAUUAUAUUUUGAAAAAUGUCCAGAAGAUUGCACAAAAUACAGAACAUGGUUCUGAUAGUUCCUGUGAUGACGGCUCGUCUUCAGGGACUUACUGGCCCAUGCAGUCUGAUGUGGAGGCUCCAAAUCUUGAUCUAGGCUGGCCAUAUGUGAUGCCUGGACUCUUAGGGAGUACCCACAUCGACCUCCUCUUUCACCCACCAAGGGCACAUCUGCUUACAAUAAAGGAAACUAUUCGGAAGAUGAUCAAAGAAGCGAGAAAGGUGGUUGCUAUAGUGAUGGAUGUGUUUACUGAUGUGGAUAUUUUCAAAGAAAUAGUAGAGGCAUCAACACGAGGAAUAUCUGUGUACAUUCUACUUGAUGAGUCCAAUUUUAAUCAUUUUCUAACAAUGACUGAAAAACAGGGUUGUCAAAUUCAACGUCUCAGGAACAUUCGCAUACGGACAGUAAAAGGCCAAGAUUAUCUUUCAAAAACAGGAGCAAAAUUCCACGGAAAAAUGGAACAGAAAUUUUUGCUAGUGGACUGCCAGAAAGUGAUGUAUGGGUCUUACAGUUACAUGUGGUCAUUUGAAAAAGCUCAUCUCAGCAUGGUUCAGAUAAUCACAGGCCACCUCGUAGAGUUAUUUGAUGAAGAAUUUCGAACACUCUAUGCUAGGUCCUCUGUCCCAAGUUCUUUUGCUCAGGAAGAAUCAGUGAGGGUAAAGCCAGGCAAAGCCUUGUGGGAGAAUGGCAUUUACCAGCGAUCCAUUUCUUCAUUAGCUUCCGUUUCCAGCCAGAGAAACCUUUUUGGCAGACAAGACCAAAUUCAUAAACUAGAUUCUAGUUACUUCAAAGGCAGAGGGAUAUAUCCUCUAAAUGACCAGGACAAACACAGCAUGAGAAACCAUGGCUACAAGCCUCAUUUUGUUCCAAACUUCAAUGGUCCAAGUACAAUCCGUCACUUCCAACCCAGCCAGCUCAAUGAAAACUGGAAGAGGCAUAGCUAUGCUGGGGAACAACCGGAAACAACACCGUACCUGCUGCUCAACAGAGCUAUGAAUCGGACCAAUAAUGCUCCUGGACGCUGGCGAAGGCCUUCAGACAGUCUCAGUGUAGCAUCCUCAUUAAGGGGAGGACAAGGAAGCCAGCAAAACAUACCAGCUCAGAGUUUUGCUGAUCGGCUUGCCCAGAGAAAAACCACAAAUCUUGCAGAGAGGAAUUCAAAUGUACGCAGGUCAUUUAACGGGACAGAUAAUCAUAUCCGCUUUAUACAACAACGGAUGCCCACUCUGGAGAAUACCACGAAGUCUUUCCUGCGAAGCUGGAGAAUUGAAUCGUACUUGAAUGACAAUUCAGAAGCCCCACCUGAUUCAAAUGGCUCCACCCUGGGUGACAGAUUUGAAGGCUACGAAAACCCUGAGGCCGUGAAAGCCAAUGCACUCUAUACUCACUCAAGGCUCCGCUCCUCCUUUGUGUUUAAACCAACUUUACCAGAACAAAAAGAAGUCAACAGCUGUACAACUGGCUCUUCAAAUUCCACCAUCAUCGGUUCUCAAGGAAGCGAUACACCUAAUGAGGUCCCAGAUAGCUCCACAAAUGCACCGCCCUUGACAGAAAAACCUUUGCCUGAACCAAGCUCCAAGCUCCCAACACAACAAGAGGAACCAAAAAUGCACAGCUUGCAGGUUCCCGAAAAGCAACCAGAAGCCUUAAACCAAAGAACAAAUGGCCGAGCAGAAUUAAACAACUGUAUCUAUACAAACCUGUGUGUCAAUAAGCAGAGGGAGAACACAGAAAAUCAGCAAAAUGACAAUCUGCUCAAAAGGCGGAGUUUCCCGUCCUUUGACCACUCGAAGGUCAAUUUAGAGCAUGGGAAUAGCAAGAAUUAUGUUUAUAGUACCCUUACCAGAAAUCGGAUUCGACAACCAGAAAAACCCAAGGAGGUUAUGCUGAAGAGCUCUAAAAGCAUGCACAACGUGACCCACAGCACAGAAGAAGAUGACGAGGACGAGGUUAUCAAGAGAGACCCUCCAAGUGCCUCUGCCACCAAAUCUAUUUCCAUUGCUGCUUUGCUUGAUGUGAAUAAGGAAGAACCCAACAAAGAACCUAAUUCUAAAAAGGAAGGCAAAGCCUCCCCGAGUUUUUUGAAAAAGGGGUCUCAGAAAUUAAGGUCCUUACUUAGUCUCACCCCAGAAAAGAGAGAAAGCCUAGCUAAAAACAAGGCGCCCGCGUUUUAUAGAAUGUGUAGUAGCUCUGACACUUUGGUUUCUGAGGGUGAAGAGAAUCAAAAGCCCAAAAAAUCCGAACCCAAAGUUGAUUCAUCUCCCAGAAGAAAGCGUUCCUCCUCGUCAAAUUCUCAAGGCAGCAUCCACAAGAGCAAGGAGGACAUAGCGGUUAGCGCCUCUCCAGGGAUAAAUUCCCAAGCUGAGGAAAGUAGAAGAAUAGCACCUUCUCCAAGGCCCGUUGAGAGGAGACUUUCUGAGAGAGCGGGAGAUGCCUCCACCCCAAGAUUUAAUACCGAGCAGAUCCAAUACCGGGAUUCCAAGGAGAUCAGCUCACUCAUGACCCCUGCCAGACGGCCAACCUCUUCUCCGGUGCUAAAGCCCACUGAGCUUCUGAGAUCUCAUUCCACCAACCAGCGAGUUUACAGUCGAUUCGAGCCAUUUUGUAAGAUUGAGAGCUCUAUUCAGCCAGCGAGCAGCGUUACAAAUACACAUGUCAACCGCCCAGAAGUCAAAUCCUCAACCAUGGGCACGGGUUAUGGCAGGUCCAGCCCGAUGCUCAAUUAUAAGACUGGUGCUUAUCAUUCAUAUGCCCCCAAUGAAAACAAGUUCCGGGGAUUUAUGCAAAAGUUCGGAAACUUCAUACACAAAAACAAGUGAAAUACUUCUAUUUCAAAUGGCAAUUGAAAUAUACAAUGAAUGUAGCUGUAAAUAUUUGCCCAAAGAACACUCUGCACAUUUUUUUUUUAUCAUGCCAAGAGUGUUCUAUAUGAGAACUGGGGAAAUGUAUAACAGUAUAUAGAAAAAUUACUGUUUUGUGCUAAAAUUAGUUGUACUCGGUUACCCCACAAAGGACUAUCCUAGUAAAUACAUUAAAAAUUUUGUUUUUAAAUAGCUGUAGAUGGGAUUCAUUGUUUCCUAUCUAUUAAAAAUUUUGUGUUUGAUUAGAAGAAAUCUCAGUGGAGAAGACAGACUACAUUUGGAUUUUAUCAUUCAUUCCAAAGUCUUCAUAUAAAAACAGUUCAUAAUACUUAUCACUGGUGCUUUUUAUAAACCUUUAUGAUUUUUUUUCAUAUUUUCAGAGACAUAAGGAAACAGAACAAAACCUUUUUGUUGAUACACUCUGUAGACUAACUUAAUAUGUUUUAUUGUCUUAUUAUCUUUCCUGUGCAGCACUGAACAAAGUAUCAUUUACAUUCUGUAGGCCAGUGUGCUUAUUGAGCCUGCAGUGUGUUUGCACUUCUGUACAUCAGCGUUAAGCAUCAGCCUUGUAUAUUGCACACACACAGGCUUUAUUUUCUAACCUGUAGGUACUGUGCAGUGUUCUGCUUUGCACUGCCCAUCUUUUGUAGUCCUUCCUUAAUUAAAAUUCAAAGCAAGUGAACAGCCUAUCAGAGUCCCCGCAACCUUCUAUCUAUCAAACCUUCUAAAGCUGUAAAAUUCUGCUUGUACUUAUGUUAGAUUGACACACCAAUGUGGAAGUGUGUUGUUUGAAAAUUGUUGACUUUUGUAAAGGUUGGGUUGGCUGUGGUGUGGUGACACACUGUUUUACAAGGGUUAGAUCGUGGUUGUGAGAGCCUGGCCUGUUCUCUCAUUGUCACACAGCCAACCUGGACAGAAGCAUUUCCAUAUUUUAGUUUGAUGGCUAUGUUCAGGUUGUAAGAUACCAUUUGCCAUUUAUAAAGGAACAAAAAUGCCUCCUGUUCAUUGCAGAAACUUUAACAUGAAUUUGUAUUAUACAAAUUAUAUGUACAAUAGGUAGAAUUCAGGAAGCAAAAGACAGUGUGAGAGCCAUGGGGUGCUUUAAAAGUGUUUCAAAUAUCUUAUUUAAUAUUUUUAAGAUUGCUAUGCAGAACACUCUGUUGUUAAUUUUAAAAAGCAAUAUGCAGUUGACACUAUGAAAUGUCAUUGUCUGUGUUGUUGAAAUCAUUUACCUUUGAAGAAUCCUGACAGAGAGGCUAUGGAGUAGAUCACUUAGCAUUUCCUGAGUACUUAACUGUAACCAGGUCAUGCCCUACAAACUUACAUUCCAUCAUGUGUUUGUGAUAACAUUGACACUGUUAUUUAUAAAUUAUUGAGAUUCCAAUUAAUAUGAGACUUGUAGAUAAUGUUCCAGGUCACAUAAUUAAUAAGCAAUGGUUCUAAAACAUAAAGUUCUACAUGACAUUAGCAUUCCAUAACAACUGGCCCAAUGCCUGCUCUAUUGGAGACUAGGAGUCAAGCAGGAAAAGUUUAAUUGAAUGUCGCCAGAUAGCAAGAGCACAGUGGGAUCAAGUGAUGGUGGUAGGAAAAGUCAGAACAGUAAGGGGAGACUGGGUUCUGGUGUACUUUGGCAGGGCCAGUUUUAAUUGCUUUGUGGCCAUUUUGACCUGACGUGUGACAAUGAGAGAACAUGAGAGAGGGAACCAGAAUGAGUUGUAACAUCGGGGCUUUGAGGAAGAAAAGACCCUGGAGGGAAAGCUAGGUGGGAAAGGAGCCCAGGGUUCAACACAAUGAUCUUGGGAAAGACAUCGACGUAAACAAAACUACACUGCACAGAAGUUGUGUGCUUUUCAAGACAUGCAUGGCACUUAAUGCUGCAGGCUGUGUUAGCUCAAGCCCGGGUGUGGUACAGCAUCCGUGACUGGUCUGCUUUGCUCUGUGAACCUACCUUUGAAGUGUUAAAUCCCAUCCCUCUUUGGUUCAUCCUUGCCUUAUAACCUGCAGGAAUAUGGCAGUACCCAUCUAGAAAGAAUAUUUCAUGAGUCCAGAAGGUGUGUUCAGUUUUAUAUCAUUACAAAAGUCGUUUUAUUACCUCCCAUAGGAAUUGAGGAAAAUGCCAAGCUCUGUGACUCUGCUCUGAGCCUAUUGGAAACAGAAGUGUGAUGAACUUGUAUCCGUCCACAUUAGUAAUAGUAUAAAAAAUUUCAUCACGAGAUAGGAGCCAAUUCAUAGAAAUGUUGACUUUAAAACAAGCUUUUAGAGUACGCGUUUUCUCAGACCAGAGGUUCACAUGUAAAAGCUUAAUGCCACCAAAUGCAGCAACUCCCAUGAUUUCUGAAAAUAUGCUUAGCUUGGAGAAACAUUCUUUUAAAUUGUCACUGGGCUCUUCUUUGGGAAGCGACGAAUGGAGGUUGCUUCAUUUCAUCUGCCUGUUGGGUAAUUUAGGCUUUUCCACAAGAGAUGUAUGCUCAGCCUCUUUUCUUUGAUUAUCUUUCUUCUAAUGCUUUCCUCUGGAAGCACCCUUAUGUCUGAAUGUGUGCAUAGUUUUCCAAAACGUCUUCAUUGAGAAAUUCUCCUCGAUUAAGACUGAGAACACACAAUACUUCAAAAAAAAAAAAAAAAAA